GUUUCAUUUGAGUACAGCUAACCAGAGGGACAAGUACUGUAAUCCUCCUAAGGGGCUGACAUGACGUAUGCCUUGUCUGUUAGCUCGCAACUAAAUAAGGUGCGGAGCUCCCACUACCUCAGCCUUCCUCAGGGAGGUCUCUGUCAAGUCACCUAUGUUUGGAUCGAUGUAUCUGGGGAGAGCCUUCGGUGCAAAACGCGAACCUUGGAGUCUGAACCCAGCAGUAUUGAGGAUAUUCCAGAGUGGAACUGUGUGUUCUUUAGCAUAAACCACCCUGUGACUCACAGCACCAUGAUCCUGGUUCCUGUAUGUAUAUUCAGAGACCCUUUCACGCUGGACCCCAACAAACUGGUGCUAUGUGAAGUGCUCAAGAUCAACCGCAAACCUGCAGACACUAACCAUCGGCAUGCCUGCAAGAAAAUCAUGGAGAAAGUGAAGGAUUCCUUACCGUGGUUUGGGAUGGAGCAGGAGUAUACUCUGCUGGGGAUAGAUGGACGUCCAUACUCCUGGCCAUCAAACAGUUACCCCAAACCACAGGGACCAUAUAAUUGUGGAGUGGGUGCAGAUAGAGCUUAUGGCAGAGACAUUGCAGAGUGUCACUAUAAAGCAUGCAUUUAUGCAGGCAUCAAAAUUUGUGGUACCAAUGCUGAGUCGAUGCCCUCUCAGGUAAUUACCAAAUUCCAUUUAUUUCAUUCAUUGUGGGAUGCAUUCUGAUAUGAGGUGAAGAUUUAAUAACCACAACUGCACACCUCAAUAUUCAGAACUCAGUAACUACAGACACAAGUACUAUUUAGAACUGUGCGGCAAAAUGGAGACAGGUCUCAUUUACAUGUAAUUCUGAUAAUGUUUCUUGAAUUAUUUUAGCUCAUCUGAGGGAAAGCAAUUUUAUAAGUUAUAACAAGGACUUGAAAGUCAAGUGCCACUAUUUAAAGGUGUUUAUUUGCUGUUGAAUGUCUCAGAUGUUUCUUCUCAAGAAAAAUCUGAAUGAAGAGCUUAUAAAAUUAAGUGUAUGUGUAUACCCAUGUCACGAUGUGACACGGUGAAACAAAAGGCAAGAGAGGA